GAGAGUACAGUAGUGUAGAGUUGUUGUCGCUGAGGGAGGAGGAAGGCUGAGUGUCGACAGGAGGGAGAGCGAGAGUGUUAAAAAAAUAGCAUACAAGUAGAAAGAAACAUAACAUUUAUCAUGGCAUCGGGGGACACGCUAUACAUAGAAACGGACGGGUCAGAAAUGCCAGCCGAAAUAGUGGAACUGCAUGAAAUCGAAGUAGAGACAAUCGAGACAACAGUUGUUGGAGACGACGGUGAACACCAGCCUAUGAUCGCCUUACAGCCUCUUGACACAGAUGAUCCAAACUCGAUUCACCCGCAUCAAGAGGUGAUCUUGGUGCAAACAAGAGAAGAGGUGGUGGGCGAGGAUGACUCUGAACUGCACGCGGAUGACGGUUUUGAGGACCAGAUCCUCAUUCCAGUGCCUGCUGUGGAGGAGGACUUUAUUGAACAGACUCUGGUUACAGUCGCAGGGAAAAGCUCAUCGACAGGCCGGAUGAAGAAGAGUGGAAGCGGAAAGAAAGCGGGCAAAAAGAGCUACCUAAGCGGAGGCGAAGUGGGCAGAAAAUGGGAACAGAAGCAGGUCCAAAUAAAGACUUUGGAGGGGGAGUUUUCAGUUACUAUGUGGGCAUCGGAUGACAAGAAGGAUAUAGACCACGAGGAGCAGAUCACUGGUGAAAACUCUCCUCCAGAUUAUUCAGAAUACAUGACAGGGAAGAAGCUUCCUCCUGGAGGCAUCCCAGGCAUUGACCUGUCAGACCCCAAACAACUGGCAGAGUUUGCAAGAAUGAAGCCAAGAAAAGUGAAAGAAGACGAUGCACCGAGGACAAUAGCUUGUCCACACAAAGGAUGUACUAAGAUGUUCAGGGACAACUCAGCAAUGAGGAAGCACUUGCAUACUCACGGACCUCGUGUACAUGUCUGUGCUGAGUGUGGCAAAGCCUUCGUUGAAAGUUCAAAGCUGAAGAGGCAUCAGCUGGUACACACAGGAGAGAAACCUUUCCAGUGCACAUUUGAGGGAUGUGGCAAGCGGUUCUCUCUGGACUUUAACUUGCGCACACAUGUGCGUAUUCACACUGGAGACCGCCCGUAUGUGUGCCCCUUUGACGGCUGCAACAAAAAAUUUGCCCAGUCAACUAACCUGAAGUCUCACAUCCUCACACACGCCAAAGCCAAAAACAACCAGUGAAUGAACCCCGAACCUGGCUAGCAGCAACAGCGUGAGCAUACACUGGAGGACUUGACCUGCACUCUGCUCCCUGAUGAACUAAUGUCCCGUGGCCUGCUUUGUUGUGAGAUAAGAUGUCUCCUUUGUAUCAUCUUUAGAUAAAAAGUUUAAACUGAGAAAUGACUUUUUCUCAAACUUUUUGAUAUACAAUACAUAUGGCGGUUUGAACAAGGAACUUGUGAGAACAUUGACCCCCUCAGGCAUCCUACCCUACUUUGGCGCUACCUGGAUGGAACAGUUUACGGUUUCUUCUUGUGAAGAUGUUAAUUCAUGGAUCUCAAACUAUAAACUUAUUUAUACCUUAAUGCAGCCAGUUAAAAAUGUUUUUGCAAUAAACAAAUUUGCAUCAGUCCUCAGAAAUGACACAUUUUCAAUUUUGUACUCCCCUCCCCUAAGUGUGCAUAUUGUACACUGUUUAACAUAAGCUCUGUGGUAAUGUAUGUAGUCAGGUUGUCCCCGUAGCUCUUCAUGGAAGAGGUGUCAGUUUGUUUUACCUCCCACUUUCCUCUUCAUGUGAGUGUGUUUGAGGGGAGAUUGGUGGCAUAUUUUCAUUUUGUACAAGGCAAUAUCAGAAUAAUGUAGAUAAUAGCUGUGAUUUUUCAAUAGUGAUCAUUGAUUAAAAUGUUUCCCCCUUGCACUAUCAA